UUUUCACACAAUUGCUCAUGAAAACAUGGCUAAUACUCAACGUCAUUAGAUUUCAAAAACUAAUUUAGAAGUCAUGAAUUGAUAAAACAAGUCAUCAACAAACAGUAACUAACUAUCUAAAUCAGUUUAUACGAAGUCAUUAACAACACAGUCAUAUGUAUAUAUAUAUUCUCAUGACCGAUACACAAUAAAUAAUAUAAGGAAUAAUCGAACUAAACAAAGGUAAGAUCUCAAAACUCAUUUCAACUAACGACUAAAUCAAUCAGCCAAAGUAUUAGACCAUCUACAUCAAAUUGCAUGCUUUUAAAUUAAAUACAUCACGAAGUGAUCAAGUAGCAACAUGUGGAAUAAAAGAAAGCAUGUGACGAUCACCUCUUAGUUCGAAAGUAAUAAAAACUUAAAUAGCAUACACAUUAAAUUUAAUCAUCUAUAUUGUGAAACACGAGAUCUAUGAAAAUUAGUAAGGAAAUACUCAUCUUAGAAAUCGGGGAAACGAGUACUGUAUUAGGAUUUUUGUUACACGGCUAAGGUUUAGAUUUUGCUGAUAACUGUUUCGUGCUAGGGUUUCGUGCUGAUAACGUGUUGUAAGAGAAAUUGGUUGUUUUUAUUAUUCCAUAGAUAAUAGUACAUGCAUAUACAGAUACAAAGUUAGAGUUCUAGAACCCCAGAACAUAAGCUUAAUGGACCUAAUGUACAUCCACACAAUUGGACCAUAACAAACUUGUAAAUUAAAGCUAAAUUUUGAUUUCAAAUCUAAGAAAAUUAAAAUUCUUGGAACUUAAGAUGGAUAAACAAAUUUGUGCUUUGAAAUGGUAAAUAUGAGAAAAUAUAUGGUUAAUAGACUUUUACUAGUUUAUAACUUUUGAAUUGUCAAGCCCUUUAUAAAAAAACAAACUUUUAAAUUGUCCAGUUUUUUUGUUAUUAUAUGAAACUUACAUUUUCAAUUUUCUUUAAAAUUAUUUAACACCUAGUUAUAUAAACUUGCAUGUAAGACAUGUGCAUGGACCAACUGGAAUAAUGAAUAGUCCACAUGUAAUGUUCAUAUAGUCAAACAAUAUAAAAUCCACACAUACAGUAUGUGCCUAUAUAAUGUACAACGAUCCUGAUGGUAUUACCUUAACUUAGUCCACACAAAAGCAAAGCUUCAGCUCCAAAACAAAAAAUGGCGAUGAUGAAGAUGCCAAACGAAUACGCAAAGCUAGAGAAAGAAGAUCCUAGUGAGAUGAUCCACAGGAGAGCUCAGUUUCUGAUCCAAAAGAUUCUCCAACGAGCCGACACAGAGAAAUUAAGACGGCAACGGAAGAGAAGUAUAUUGAUCAGAACGUCUUCGUUUAGAGUGGUGGGAAUGAGAGUAAAGAUUGGUAAGAAGCUUAGGAAGCUACGGAAGAGUUGUGUAAUGGCGAAUAAAUAUAGUGAUCUUAUGCCACGUUUCCUUAAAUCUCUUAGGCGUUAUUUCUUAUGUUCAUCUUCUCGGAACGUCUCUGAUCUUCCUCCUCUCUUUGCCAUCCACGUUUGAAUGUUUUAUCAAGACUAUAUUUUAUUUUUCCCAUCAUACCAUGUCAUAUAUAUAAUGAAUAAAACCUCAUCAGUGAUGUAUUAUCACUUUUCCUCUGGGGUCAUAACUAUAUGAAUCGUGUAGAUUCUAUAAAAGUUUACAGACAGAAUUAUUAUCAAAUAUAAGGAUCUUGAUUGUC